UGUCCCCCCUGUCCCCAGAGGAGCUGUGCCUUCGCCUGGCCGAGGCCAUCGGGGUGGGGGACGAGGCGGUGGCCGCUCAGAGCGCGGCGGCCCUGGCGCGGCACCACACGGAGCUGAGCGUGAGCCUGAGGGACACCAACUACCCCGGGGGGGAGCUCAGCAUGGCCGUGUGGGUGGAAGAUGCCACGUCCUCGGCCAACAUCACCCUGCGGGUGCGGCCCCACCUCACCAUCGGCACCCUCAAGGAGCAGGUAUGGGGGGCACCUGGGGGCACCUGGGGG